UCUGCAAAUCGUGCCGACGUUUAAUUCCUAACAGAUGCUCAUAGAAGCAAGGCAGUACAAGAACCCAAUAUAAAGUACUUGUAUUCUGAUUUCUAUCAAGGAGUAUAUGCGAAUACAAAUGCAUAGAUUCUAUAUAUACAUGUACAAAUCUAACGUUUGUCUGUUGGUGCUGACUGGUAGUCGUCAAGGUAUACAAGACAGCGAGAGGCAGGCAACGGGGGUGUGGCUGCGACCCGAAGGGGCAUAACUGAUAAAUUGUAUAAUUUUAUACCAGAGUUCGUGUCCUUUGUCCAUAUCUUCCUAGGGUCAGAGUUCGGCUAGCAACAUGACGCUCUUCCUUGUUUUCAGCGCAGUUUCCACAAGUAUUUUAUUCUGGCUUCUGGCUCAGUGGUUGCCCCACAAGUUAACGACAGUGAAGGUUCCACGAAUAUAUACACAGCCCAGUUUCCAUUACCCGAUCAAGUACUGGAUUUUUAGACUUGUACUGUGGACCCGUAAGAUAUGUCAAAAUCAACUCCGUCUGCGCAGACAGCAGGCAUCUUCUUCAGAUGCUGGGUACGGAGUGAAAUCUCGAAACUCCCCAGAGGAAAUGGACAAACUGCAGGAACUUCCCCAAGACAUGCCAAAGGCAGUGGAUGCAGUCUACAUCAAUGGAGGUAACUCUGAAGGAGUGUUCAUGGUGACAGCCACUGCCAGAAGACAGGACAAUUUUGUGCAAACAGUUUUAUAUCUUCGUAUCCCAUCUAUAGGACUGCUGGAGAUGCCAACGUUACCGGACACUUGGCUUCAAGACACAGCAAGUAGAUCAGGCUUCUCUGGUGGAGGCCUUACAUUGACUCCUAUCAGCCCGAUGGAAAGUUGGUCUAUCACAUUUGAUGGAACAAUGAGAAUUGCGGAGACAGGGAAAUCAGUGAAGGUGGAUUUCAACUUGAUAUGGAAAGCCUACACCAAAUGUUUUGACUUUGAUACAGAUUUGCACCCACAUGUAAUGGCUGAUGGUAUUGCCAGAGAGACAUGGUCAAGAGAAUACUUCGACACACUGAAAAGGGCACAUCAGACUCACUACGAACAGUUUGGAGAGGUUUCUGGCAUUUUGCAUAUUGAUGGCCACCCCGACCAGAGAAUCAGAGUGCAGGGAGUCAGAGACCAUUCCUACGGAAAUAUCCGAGACUGGAAAUAUUUCCACCGUUAUGCCUUGAACUAUGCGCACUUAGAAGAUGGCAGUGCCUUGUGUGUAGGAGCGAUCUGCAUGCCUAUGUCUUUGUCCAGGCUGGUUGUUGGCUACUUCUUCCAUCCUGACGGCUCCAUGGAUGCCGUGUCUGAGACAGAUUUUGAGUUCUACAACUGGGGAGAAGACGGGCAGCCUCCUGAAAAGUUAUCUUUGAAAUUCACUGCUGGUGGUCAAAAGUACGACUUAACCUGUGAAGUGAUCCAGUGUCCCAUUUUCUACAUGGGUGAGGACUGGGACGCAAGAAUAUUUGAAAGAUUCUGUAACUACACUGUCAAUGGAAUCCGAGGAUGGGGCAUCAGUGAAUGGGAUUAUCGAAAUUAUGACGGCAAAGAAGUGGAGCUGACACAGCGUAAAUCAUGACAAGUGGUUUACCUUGAAGCAACAUGGUCACUUCUCUCCGGAAAAAAAAGUCAUGACAUUGUGGCGAUUAAUCUGAGCUAGAGGAUAUUUGGACGAUUAUUGAUCAAUGAUAUUUUGAAAUUUUUUAUGGAUGGCCUUGGGCACAAAAACAUCGAACUCUGAUUUCUCUCUGAUGCUUUUGUGUUUGAAACAGUACUUUACUUUACUUACUUUUCCAAUCCAGCGUCUGAAACGGCACAAAAAUUCCAUUUUGCACUGUAACAGUUAUAUCUCAGCCACGAGAUUUAUUAAUUUGCUGAACAUUCGUGUAGGCCAAAAUGAAAUAAUAAUUUUAUAACGAUACCGUAACAGUUGCAUUUAUAUAGUGUAUAUCAACGCUCUAAAGCAUGCUCUUUGUGCUUUACAACUAUUAUUACCCUAGCAAGAACACUCAGAAACAUGCUAGGCUUCCAAGGAAGCAUGCAGUGCAAGCAACAGAUUACACGCUCUUAACUCUUGAAUUCACUUUGAUGAUUUUAUACAUGAAACAGCAAGGAACGGAAACCCAAUUUUGCAUUGUUUCUGUUUUUAUCCCAGUUGCUAAUCUAAUUAUACUUGUGUAUCAAACAGUCAUGGGAUCAAAGCAUCUUUGUUCCUGUGCUAUGUUUGGAAAAAGAUUUUUUUUUAAAAUUCUCCUGUCACAAGUUUGUCUUGUCUUGACAUUUAGAUGAAUUUUGCCCUAGGCCAUUGGUGUUUUUUAAAUGGAAUAUAAUACCAAGGACGUAAUUUAUUAAUAUUAUUUGCAUGGUUCACAAUGAAACUACCUGAUGAGUUAUUAGUUCAAUUUGUAUUAUGACAUUGCCUGUUGUUUGAUGUUUUGGGAGUUUCAUUUCAGUCAGUAAAAAAUAAUUUGAACAAGA